UCAGAGUAUACUGUCUGUCUCUUGUGUUUUUUGUGGUUCUGUUUUGUCGGUCUUGAUUUUGACAAGAUUUUUUUGUUAUUAUUGAUAGUGCAAAAAAAAAAAAUAAAUAAAUAGCAGAGUUAUUAAAUCGAACUAAUUCUGCAAUCGCGAGUGUGAAACAAAAUGAGUGAGGAGAAACAACAAUCUAAUGAAAUGGAUGUGGAUGAAAACAAUGGAAUUUCGGCUGAAGUUCCUAUGGAAAUUGCACCUCUUAAUAUUGAAAAAGAUCAUACAACAUCGACAAGUACUAAUACCGCGUGUCGAGUAAUGGCAUCAUCGGGAACUGUGGGAUCUGUAUCAAUAAGUCUCCAUCCUUUAGUGAUAAUGAACGUUAGCGAACAUUGGACUAGGUUAAGAGCACAAGAAGGCACUGAUCAACUUGUGUAUGGAGCGUUGAUUGGAAAGCAAAAGGGACGUAAUAUUGAAAUAAUGAAUUCAUUUGAAUUAUUAUUCAAUUGUAUAGGCGACGAUGUGAUUAUUGAUCGAGAUUAUUAUAAUACAAAAGAGGAACAAUUUAAGCAGGUUUUCAGUGAAAUGGACUUUCUUGGAUGGUAUACAACAGGUGACAUGCCAAACGAUAGAGAUAUUAGAGUACAUAAACAAAUAUGUGAAAUUAAUGAGAGUCCAGUGCUUCUAAAAUUAGAUCCAAGACCAAAAAAUGCAGAUCAAUUACCAGUUUCGAUUUAUGAGUCGGUAAUUGAUUUAGUCAAUGGACAAGCAACAAUGUUGUUUGUACCAUUAAAUUACACAUUGGCAACGGAGGAAGCUGAGAGGAUAGGAGUUGAUCAUGUAGCAAGAAUGUGUAGUAACGAUCAAGGAGAGAGUUCCUUAGUUGCUGAACAUUUAAUUGCUCAACACAGUGCCAUUAAAAUGUUGCACUCGAGAGUGAAACUUGUUUUGAGGUAUGUUCAAGCAGUUGAGAGUGGUGAAUUGAAAGGGAAUCAUGAAGUAUUGAGAGCUGCUUGCUCAUUGAGUCAUCGUUUGCCAGUGUUGAAUAGUUCCAAAUUCAAAGCCGAUUUCUAUAAUCAAUGCAAUGAUUUUGGUUUAAUGACGUAUCUUGGAAUAAUAACCAAAGGAUGCAAUGAUUCGAAACAAUUUGUAAACAAAUUUAAUUUACUCUAUGAGAGUCAAAGAUUUGGUCAACGUUUAAGGAGUCUCUUCUUCUCUUGAUUGUGUACAACUGUGUUUGCUUUUUAUACUAGUUUUGUUUUUCUAAAAAUCAUCGCGGGGCAUUUUUUUUUCUUUUUUUUGACAUCACUGGGUUUUUAUUAUUUUGCGGGCAACUUACUACUUGACAUUGAAAAAAGCCUGACGUCAUAUUUUCAAAGGAAAUAAAACUUAGUGUUGUGAGUUGAUUCGUUAUACUUUAUCAUUAUUUUUAAAUAUAUACUCUUCUGUUUCUAAUAAGUUGAUUCAAAAUAUUUUGUACGAGAUAAACAUUUAGUUUUGUAGUUUGAUUUAGAAUACUAUCGUUUAAUAUUGAUUUUGAAUAAAAAUAUAUAUAUAUAUUGCA